GACCACCAACCAGUUGAUACAUACAGCCCCUGUAUCUCUCUCUCCCUGCGAAAAACUGCACAAAGCCAAAAGUUACUUGUGCUAUUUUUUUAUUUUAUUUUAUUUUUCUUUCCCGCCUUAUCAAGGCAAAUUCUUGAAGAAAUGCUUGAAACUGUGAAAUACUUGAUUGGUGCCGCCGGCCCAAGUGGUUUCGGCUCCAAGUCGACCGCCGAGCAAGUCACCAGCCACUGCCCGGAACUUCACUACAUUACUGCAAUUAUUACAGGAGCCACGUCUGGGAUCGGUGCUGAGACGGCUAGGGUUCUUGCUAAGAGAGGAGCGCGGCUUGUGUUGCCGGCUCGGAACAUGAAAGCCGCGGAGGAUACUAAGGCUCGUAUAUUGUCGGAGUUCCCGGAGUCAGAAAUUAUUGUUAUGGCUCUUGAUCUUAGCUCCCUUCACUCUGUACGGAGAUUUGCUGCUCAAUUUCAGUCUCUCAAUUUGCCUCUCAAUCUCCUCAUAAACAACGCAGGAAAAUUCUCGCUCCGGCACGCCAUAUCUGAAGAUGGAAUCGAGAUGACUUUUGCCACUAAUUAUUUAGGUCAUUUUUUGUUGACAAAACUAUUGCUGAAGAAUAUGAUCGAAACGGCAGAGAAGAGCGGCGUUCAAGGAAGAAUAGUGAAUGUAUCUUCAAGCAUCCAUAGCUGGUUUUCCGGCGAUCCCAUUAGUUAUCUUUCGUUUAUAAAUAAGAACAAAAGUGAUUCUUACGAUGGUACACGUGCAUAUGCUCUCUCGAAGCUUGCCAACGUUUUGCAUACCAAGGAACUUGCUCAGAGACUGCAGGAAAUGAAAGCCAACGUCACAGUUAACUGUGUGCAUCCAGGGAUUGUGAGAACAAGACUCACUAGGGACCGUGAAGGCCUCGUCACUGAUUUGGUAUUCUUUUUGGCUUCAAAGCUAUUAAAAACAAUUCCUCAGGCAGCUGCAACAACUUGUUACGUUGCUAUACAUCCAAGACUUGCAAGUAUCAGUGGAAAAUACUUUUCAGAUUGCAAUGAAAUUUCAACCUCGAAAUUAGGGUUCAACUCAACAGAGGCUGCAAGAUUAUGGUCCAUCUCUGAAAUCAUGGUAGCCCAGAAAAUCCAGGCCGUUCAUUCUCAAUCUAGAAAAACAUAAAGAAAUGUAGGAAAUACGUACAUAUACAUAUAUAAGAAAGUUACACGUGCAGUUGUCAGUCAGGUAAAAGGGUAAUAAUAUUUAGAUGUACAAAGUUAAUUUCAAGAAGUAUAUAUGAAAAUUUAAAGUAGAACAGUGUCUGUUCGUAGUAUAUAUAUUGUCAUAUGGACUUUAAUUGGGUAGGUAGAUUCUUGUAACAUUAUAUGGUUUAUCGAAACGAAUUUGACAUUUUAAAAUAAUUAAGAUA